AUGAAUCCAGUUUGUGAUCGAUUAAAGAAAGAUUUCCCGAUAUGUUCAAAUAAUUUGGUUUCAACGAAUAUUCCCAAAUCAACGGAAGUAAUAUUGAAUGACGAAGAAAUGAAUAAACAAAAUGCAUCAUUUAUGUGUUCGCAAUUGUUAAAGCAAAUUUUGCUUGAUAUUCCACAGACAGAUGCUGCUCGACGAGACAUGUUAGAUGAAUGGCGUCUUCAGUAUGUAGAUAACAAUGAAGAACUAGCAAAUAUCGAAGAAUUUGACAAAAACUAUCGUGUGACACAGAACGAUGAAUUUAGUUUUAUAGUUUACUGCAAAGCUAAGUUCACAAUUAAUAUUCGUGAGCAAUUCGAGAAUGCUGAUCCGUCAAAACAUUUUAUUUAUACUAGCGGACUAUUACAAGAUACUCAAACUAAAUUUUCGGCCGCCGAACAAAUUCCAUACAAAGCAGUAGCUGCUAGUGUACCGAAUACUGACGAUGAAACAUUGCAGUGUUCUACGUUUCGCUCCUGGACUAUCGGGCUCUUAUUCGUCACCCUUAUUAGUGUUGUUAAUCAAUUUCUUUUCUUUCGUUCAAAUCCAUUGUCUAUCGGUUCUAUUAUUGCACAAGUUUUAUCCCUCCCUGUCAGUAAACUGAUGGCCAAAAUUUUACCAUCGAAAUAUAUUCGCAUAUGGAAAUGGCGGUUCUCCUUGAAUCCUGGUCCAUUUAACAUGAAAGAACAUACAUUGAUCACCGUCAUGGCUAAUACGGCAGCCGGAGGACAGUAUGUAAUGAAUGUCAUCGCAGUCUAUCGACUUUUUUAUUAUGACAAGAUGACUCAUAUUAUUCCUACUUUGUUUUUUAUUUCAUCCCAAGUUAUUGGGUUUGGCCUAGCAGGUAUGACUCUAGUAAAAAGUAGUAAUGUAGCAAUGAAAAAUUCUGUUAGACUCCCAAAUUAACAAAAACUAUUAGACUUUUGAACUUCUUUCUACUGUUACACCCUUGUUAGGAUUUAGAUUGUUAAACUAUUAAACUAAUAAAAAAACUAGAAGUGUUUUACACAUUAUUUUGCAUUUAUCGGAACAAAAUUUGCGAAUACAUGUCAUAUCGAUUUAUUAUCCGAUAUGACUAGUCUACAUAUCAGGACUUCAUGUAGCUUUUGGCAAUGAGAAAAAACCACAAUUGAUUUCCUAAUCAUUCAACGAUGAUACUUCUCUAUCACCAAGCAAACGACAAAAAUAAUAAAUACAGGUUUACAUACAUAAUAAUAUACUCCUGGACUCUGUCUGUUAAACUCCUCUCUGUUAAACUACAGCCUAACAGUGAGCCUUCUCCUUUUAAAUCACUACACCAUACUUUCCUGCACUAAAGACAACAAAAAUCAGCCACAACCAAUACAACGAGUUUUAACUAACAAAAAUAAAAAUCCAUGCUUAAGAGAAGAAAGAUUCUUUCUUCCACCAACAUUGAGUAAACCGUUCAACGAGCUGUCACAUGGCGGUUACUGGUUCAUCGAUAAGUGGACGAAGCACCAUCCGCAUCUUCUAAUAAUGAAAGACUGGAAGAGGCAGCAAAAGGAAUAAUUAUUGAAGACGAGCAACUAGGCAAGAAAAGUGAAUCAGAAUGGCUCGCUCAGCGAUUGACAGCAGUAAAAAAUAAGAACAAAGCAGAAAUCUACAGCACUUGCGUUAAGCUGUAUACAGCAGAGUGCUUUCUUUACAAAUUACUCAAUAAAACAUUAAGAGAAAACGAUAAGACCAAAGUAAAUACACUCGGUCCAUUUUCCUACUUUUAAUACUAUUCCUGGUAUCAUGGUGACAGACAAUACGAAUAUUGCGUUUAUGGAGGCGUUAAUCUUGAUCCACAAGACAUCGAAACUUACAAGACAGCAAUUGGAAAGGAGAAGUACUGGUUUGGAUUUUCUUCAACAAUCAAAAAUAGAGUGACUAUUAAUUUAGCAAGUGACUAUUAAACGAUUGAGCUAAUCUCGAACAAAUUUCACUUCCAUUAAUUCCUUCACGAAGAAAUCUUAUCAAUACUUCUAUUUUGACAUUAAACUUUUCGUUAUUUUCUAAUUUUAAAAUAAUCUUCAUCAUACAAUCCAAACGAAACUUCAAUGACUGAAUAUUUAUCAUUACUUUUAAAAUUUCUACAAGAUCAUUGAAAUUUGCAUGAUUAUCAUUAUUGUAAGCUCUUUAAAAACUUCUUUUUAGGUUCAAAACAGCUUCCUCAUGUUCAUUUUUAGUUUUAUAAUUUAAUUUUUUUGCAUGAUCAUAUGUAUGAAUAUAAAAUAAAAGUCUAACAAACAGAGCAAAACCAAUGACAUCAUCCAAAUCUUGAUAUUUCAAAGAUUUAAAAAAAUAAUUAUUAAAACAACAUUUCACAUUGAUAAUAUCAUCUGAAAAAUCUAAAUUUUUAAUACGUUGACCAUAUAUAUCAGUUAAUACAUUAUAAGUUCCAAUUGAAUUCUUUUCAUCAAUCACUGAAUCUCUUAAUUUACUUAGAAUAUCAGAAUUUUUCGAUGACGUGACUGUAAAUAUAGGAAGAUUUUUUCUAUUGACAUUCUGACUGAAGUUUUCGAAAUGCUGUUUGAAGCUGAAAAUCGAGAAUAUUAGCAUUACGAUGGAGACUAUAUGCGUGCACAAAGAGAUGGGGAAGACAUUCUGUUUUGGAGUUCUGCUUUCUUUGCGAUUUGUCAAAAGAUUAUACACAGAGCACAGAAAAUUUAUACGUAAGAGCAUUUUUCAACUACAUAAGUUUCCCUCAUAACUAACAUUUUUUAAAAAGUUUUCUUUUUCGGUAAUAUCCCGAUCGGGAUAUAAAACACGAAAUUUCGUCGUGAAAACGAUUAAGGGGAAAAUGACGACAUUUUGGGGUAAAAUUGACUUCACCAUUAGAAAGAGCUUGAAAAACUACAUCGGAUUCUGUUGUGUUUGAUCAAAAGUGCAUCAAG